GUCAGAGCUCGGGGCUUUGGCCAGUACCUCGCAGCCGCGGGCUCCGGUAACGGUCGGAAAUUGAAUGGCGGGACCUUGUUAUCGAUGAAGUGUUGCUACCAUGGCAUUGGAGAAAAUUAUCCAGGAUGCGCUGGCCCAGUUUAUUCAACUGCACAUCCCGGAUGCUGAUCUCAGUGUGAUGGAUGAGGUGAUUCUCUCCUAUAUCACUAGUGUACUGGAGGAACUUGGAUCUCCAGACUCAUCCGAAGAGAACUUUGAUGUGGAAAUGUUUGUGGAAAUGAUGGCGGCUUAUGUCCCAGGCUUCGCAGAGAUAAGCAGUGUCACUAUCUGCGAGAUGAUGUUUGAUUUGGCUGCACAUUUGGUAGAAGCUCGUAACAAAGAAAAUGUUCGUCCCCUGAUUGCUUCUCAAGAUCAUGAGUCCUUUUCAAAGGAACUGGCAAGUAGCAGAGAAGACAAGAAAUCAGCAAACCCGGAAAACAACCCAGUGGCGGGAGAGGGAGCCAGUGCACAGGAGGGUUGUGCCAAGGUAGAUGAUGACAUCCAGCUGCUUGUAGAGAUGUUUCCAUCCUGCAGUCUGUCAGUCAUGCACAAAGCUCUGUCGGUGGCUAAAGGCAACUUGGAUAAUGCUGUGCAGUUAAUAAUGGAGGGUGCGGUGAAGCAACCCAACGCUGCGACUAUGGAGAAAACUCAUCCCAAAACAGAUAAGAAGAUCAAAGCGAGCAUCUUGGAGAAGUACAUGAUGGUGGAUAAUGAGGAUGAUGUCAAAACACACAAGCCAAUUGCACCUAAAGAGUUUCACAAGCUGAACACCUUGAUGGAUAAUCUUUCCGAAUUGCCAUUCACUGUUUUGGGUUUUCCCUGUAACCAGUUUGGACAAGAGGAUCCAGAGAAAGACCACGAAACACUGAAUGUUCUCAAGUUUGUCCGACCAGGAGGGGGCUUUGUUCCUAAAUUUCCCAUAUUUGCCAAGAUUGAGGUGAAUGGCGAGAAAGAGCAUCCUCUCUACACAUUUCUGAAGGUUUCAUGUCCCUUUGUGAACCCUGUCAUUGGUGACCAAACAAGGUUGCACUGGUCACCGCUGAAAGUGAGUGACGUUCGCUGGAAUUUUGAGAAGUUCUUAGUUGACCUGGAUGGACGACCACUCAAAAGGUAUGACCUUGCUACACCAUUCAGCAUCAUUGAAGAUGAUAUUUUGACGCUGCAGCAUCGGAAGGGUUAAGUUUAGAUUAUAUAAAGAUAGAAUCCUUCAUCA